CAUCACUUAUCUCUCCGUUCACCCCACAGCUCUCUCUCCUCUCGUCACACCAGGACAGCUAGCGCCUCGCUGUACGCUCCCCCACGCGCAUUCAUUCCCACCCCGCCGCCCGCCGCCGCCGCCGCGCCAUGGCCGGCGCCAAGGCCCUCGCCCUGCUCCUCCUCCUCGCGCUCACCUUCUCCGCGCUCUCCGCCACCUCCAUCGCCGGCGGGGACCACCACAUGCAGCUCCACGGCCUCCUCUCCACCCGCGGGGAGUGCAGGGGCACCGUGGGCGAGUGCGGCGCCGACGGCGGCGACACCGACGGCGACGACGACGCCGAGGGGGAGCUGGGCUCCGCGUCCGCCGAGUCGCACCGCCGCUUCCUGCAGGGCCGGGGCUACAUCAGCUACGGCGCGCUCAGGCGGAACCAGGUGCCCUGCAGCCGCCGCGGCGCCAGCUACUACAACUGCCGCCCCGGCGGACAGGCCAACCCCUACCGCCGCGGCUGCUCACGCAUCACGCGCUGCCGCGGCUAAGCGCGCGACCGCCGAUCCGUCCGUCAGAGUUAAGUAAAGGAAUAAUAAGCUGCUGGUUCUCCUCGUCUUGUGUUCUUCGGUUCAGGCGGUACGACUGCUAUAUCAGUAUAUUUGUUAGUUGCUUUGGUUGCUGCUGCUGCCGCCGCUCUUGUAUUGGCCUGCCCUGUUGGGAUCUUUGUUCUCGUUGCUGUUGUUGUAAAGUAAAAGAGAGAUUUGUUGUACUACCUUAAUAUGAUGAACAAGAGGGAUAUUUGUUAUUCUUUCAA